UCUCUUCAGUUGGACCAAAAAAAAAAAGAACUGUUCUUUUUCCUCUUUUUCUCUGAAAAUUACACCACAUAUUGCAAUCUUGUUGUUUUUGGGUUGGUGAGUUUCUUGAUUCUUUGAGUUUUAAGUCAACAACUGAGUUCCCAAGAGCUGUUAAAGUCUAAAAGAUCGGUUGAGUUCUGGAUCCGGAUGAUUUAUUACAAUGGUUGAGAAUUGGAAGUGUUGAACUGUGGUAAGAGUAUGGCUGUUGCUGGUUUGCAUAAUAUUUCUACAUUUGGUUCUUCUUUAUUUAUUGAGUCUCAGUCCUCGGUGUCGAGGCAGCGGACUGAACAUGAUAGGCCGAAAACCCGAGCAUCAUCCAUUCGGCAAAUGUGGAGGGAGCUUGAGGGUGAGCAUGUGGUGAGUAAUUCCUAUGCCCCUACCGGAGACAGGCAGAGACCACAGGGGAAUGAUGGUGUCAAUGAGGACCAAAAUCAAAGCCAUAUCGAGUUAGAUAAUUACUUUGAUGAUGGUCGCAGUGUUAGCUCAGAUCUAUCUAGUGAUCUUGGGGAGGUUGAACGCGAAAGAGUGAGGCAAAUUAUUCAGGAAUGGAUGCACACUGGUGCGAAGAGUCAUUCACAAUCAUUGAAUGUUUCACAUGUGAACAACUGUUCAAAGGCACAGUGUGAACGAAUGAGUAUUCAUCAGAGUGGCACAAGUUCUCCUAGAGAUGAAGUUGCUGUUGAAAUUGGUUCCCAAUUUGAACAAGGACGUGAUGGGUUGUUGGUCGAUCAUUCACGACGUGGAGAGAGAAAGGCCUUACGCAGACUCUGUGGUAGACAAGCUCUUGUUGAUUUACUGAUGAGAUCUCAAAGGGAAAGGGAAAAGGAACUUCAGGGAUUGUUGGAGUCUAAGCCUGUAUCAGACUUUGCCUAUCGCAAUCGGAUUCAGUCAUUACUCCGGGGAAGGUUUCUGCGAAAUGAUAGCUUGACCAAUGAUGAAAGAACUGCUUCAAAUGCAGCAAGUGAACUGGGCUUACUAAGGCGAAGACAUACUGUGUCUGAUUUAAGGGAAGAAAUUUUGUCCAGAUUGGACGAUAAUGUGCGUACGACUACGAAUACACAGCUGUCCUCUCCAAAGGAUGAACCCCAACCAUCCCAAUCGAACAGUGAACAAGAGGUAAUAGACGAAUGCUAUGAUCAGUCUGAACUUAUUAAUGAAGAGAGAGAGAUCAAUGGAUCUCAUGUGGUAACAAACUCCGCAAACACUAUUCGCGAGCUUGUGAAUCAUCAAUAUAACAUUGACCAAAUAGCUGAAACAUCAGAGCAAGUUGGAGAAGAUGAGGAUCAUGACCAAGCUACGUCAAAUUUGGAGUUAUUUAGUAGUUUACCUGAAAGACACAAUAAUGAGAAUAUAGACUUGGUGGAAAAUGCUGGUGACGAAUGGUUGCAGGAAGAACAUGCAACCUUCCAUGACAAUGAUGCUACACAGAGUGAGGCAAGUGAUUUUAAUGAUGUCCUAAAUGGUCAUUUUCGUGAUUUGGAUAGAAAUAUCUUUGAAGAUUAUGACUGGGAAGGUUCAUCAGCUCAGGCAGAGGAGCUACAGGAAUAUAUUGCGGAACCUGAAGGAAGUGAUUUGGAGCAAGCGGAAGAGCCGGAGGAAUUUGAAACAGAACAUGAGGAAAGUGAGUCACAGCAUUUGUAUGCUGAUCAGAAUGAAUGGAUAGAUGAUGCGACAGAAAAUAUGGGCGGAGAUUCUCAGGAAGGGACUCCUAAUCAAUCUUAUCCAGAAAGUUUGGAUGGUGGCAUUGAAGAACAAAACCAUACACAAGAACCACAUGAUGAUGAGUGGCAUGAAGAGGCAAUUGAUGACUGGUCUGACACGCCUUCCGGUCAGGAUGAUGGGUCCAUUGGAAGGGUUGAUACAUUUUAUACACCGGAUGAUGACAAUGUUUAUAGCAUUGAACUUCGAGAAUUGCUAAGCAGGAGGCGAGUCUCUAAUCUGCUUCGUAGCAGUUUCCGUGAAAGUCUAAACCAGCUGAUACAAUCUUAUGUUGAAAGACAAGGUAAUGCUUCUUUUGACUGGGAUAUGGAUGGAGCAUCCUCAUACCCCUCUGAUACAGAGCAGGAGCAGCAGCAGGAGAAUGUUAAUCAAGAAGGGCCUCAGAUGAAUAUGGAGGGAAAUCCCUUUGCUAUGACUCCACCUCCAGAGGCACCUUCUCAGCCUCAUUGGAAUCGGGAACCUGAGCAUCCGAAUUUGCGUCGCCAAAAUCCACAUCAGCGCAUGGGAGAAUCAGAGUGGGAUAUCAUCAAUGAACUGAAGAUUGACAUGGCUGUGCUUCAUCAGCGGAUGAAUGAUAUGCAAAGGAUGCUUCAAACUUGCAUGGAAAUGCAAGUUGAGCUGCAGAGGUCGGUCCGUCAAGAAGUUUCUGCAGCCCUAAAUCGAUCUGCUGGUUCAACAGAUGUGGAUAUUUGUGGGGAUGGUUUGCUGAAUGAUGAAUCCAAAUGGGAUACAGUGAGGAAAGGAAUAUGUUGCUUAUGUUGUAAUAACAAUAUCGAUUCGUUACUGUACAGGUGUGGCCACAUGUGCACAUGUUCAAAAUGUGCAGAAAUAUUGAUCAACGAAGAAGCAAAAUGCCCGAUGUGCCUGGCACCAGUAGUCGAGGUCAUCCGAGCUUUCUCUUCACAGUAAUUGGUAUAAAAUUAGAAGAAAAUAGUAGACGAUAAAUAUCAAAGAGAGAAGAUAGAUAAUGCAAUAAAGAUUUCUUUGGCACCUGCAGUCCUUACUCCUUUAGUGUAGAUUUGCACGUCUGAUUUAUUGUCGAAUACAGAAUAAGCAGGUGAAACUUAUCAUUUGUCCGAAAAUCUCCGUCUAUCGAUGUGUAGACACAUAUUGGUUGCUGCCUGACAUAGCUAACAGGAAAGUCAUUGUUUUUUCAUGAUGGCUUUUGUUAUGUAUUGAUGAAGUUAUUUGAAUAUCCUUAAGCCUGGAGAGAGUGAUCAACUAGUGUGUGGUUGCCUUGAAAAAACUUGGACCAUCUCCGAGUUGGGAAGGUGUCACACCUUCUCGGGGUGUGGUCCUCUUUAGGACCCUGUAUAAACGUGAGAUGCUUCGCACACCGAGCUACCUUUUUUUAAAUUUCAAGUUGGGUCAUGGAUUUUGAAUUCCCUUCCAUUUUGUUCCUUAAUUUAUGAUCAAGUGAGAUAUGAAGAUUA